GCAGACUCCGCGGCGGCGACGGCUUGGGCGGACGGUGCGCGGUGCGCAGGCGCAGAGCUAGUUCUCGCUGCAGUCCCCUUAGUCUCCGGGAGUCGCAUCCACAGAGUCUGUUCGCUGGCCAGUCAGUGCGCUCUCCCUUCUCCACCCUCUCGGGUUCCCCUAGCGCACUACGCGCCCGGAUGGCGGAGCUGCGGCCUAGCGGUGCCCCCGGCCCCACCGCGCCCCCAGCCCCCGGCCCUACUGCCCCUCCGGCGUUUGCCUCGCUCUUUCCCCCGGGACUGCACGCCAUCUACGGAGAGUGCCGCCGUCUUUACCCUGACCAGCCGAACCCGCUCCAGGUCACCGCUAUCGUCAAGUACUGGUUGGGAGGCCCAGACCCCUUGGACUAUGUUAGCAUGUACAGGAACAUGGGGAGCCCUUCUGCCAACAUCCCCGAGCACUGGCACUAUAUCAGCUUCGGCCUGAGUGAUCUCUAUGGUGACAGCAGAGUCCAUGAGUUUACAGGAACAGACGGACCUAGUGGUUUUGGCUUUGAGUUGACAUUUCGUCUGAAGAGAGAAACUGGGGAGUCUGCCCCACCAACGUGGCCUGCAGAGCUGAUGCAGGGCCUGGCCAGAUAUGUAUUCCAGUCAGAGAACACUUUCUGCAGUGGGGACCACGUGUCUUGGCACAGCCCUCUGGAUAACAGUGAGUCAAGAAUUCAGCACAUGCUUCUGACAGAGGACCCACAGAUGCAGCCUGUGCAGACACCCUUUGGGGUAGUUACCUUCCUCCAGAUUGUUGGUGUUUGCACUGAGGAGCUACACUCAGCCCAACAGUGGAACGGGCAGGGCAUCCUGGAGCUGCUGCGGACGGUGCCCGUUGCUGGCGGCCCCUGGCUGAUAACUGACAUGCGGAGGGGAGAGACCAUAUUUGAGAUCGAUCCACACCUGCAACAGGAGAGAGUUGACAAAGGCAUCGAGACAGACGGCUCCAACCUGAGUGGUGUCAGUGCCAAGUGUGCCUGGGACGACUUGAGCCGGCCUCCUGAGGAUGAUGAUGACAGCCGGAGCAUCUGCAUCGGCACACAGCCCCGGCGGCUCUCUGGCAAAGACACAGAGCAGAUCCGGGAGACCCUGAGGCGAGGACUCGAGAUCAACAGCAAACCCGUCCUUCCCCCGAUCAACCCUCAGCGGCAAAAUGGCCUCACCCACGACCGUGCCCCGAGCCGCAAAGACAGCCUGGAAAGUGACAGCUCCACGGCCAUUAUUCCCCAUGAGCUGAUCCGCACGAGGCAGCUUGAGAGUGUACAUCUGAAAUUCAACCAGGAGUCAGGAGCCCUCAUUCCUCUCUGUCUAAGGGGCAGGCUUCUGCAUGGACGGCACUUUACAUAUAAAAGUAUCACAGGUGACAUGGCCAUCACGUUUGUCUCCACGGGAGUGGAAGGUGCCUUUGCCACUGAGGAGCAUCCUUACGCAGCUCAUGGACCCUGGUUACAAAUUCUGUUGACUGAAGAGUUUGUAGAGAAAAUGUUGGAGGACUUAGAAGAUCUGACUUCUCCAGAGGAAUUCAAACUUCCCAAAGAGUACAGCUGGCCUGAAAAGAAGCUCAAAGUCUCCAUCCUCCCUGACGUGGUGUUCGACAGUCCACUGCACUAGCCUGAGCUGGGCCCUGCAGGGGCCAAGGGGAGACCAGCUGCUUCCCAGUGACUUCUGGUGUAACAACCGCAUAAAGGGACAUUCCCACAAAUAAAAGGACAAGUGUGAGGAUGACUGUGCAGCCGCCACACCCACAGCCCAAUGGGAUGCCGAGCAUGGGCCAUAGGCCCUACCUCACCUCCAGCUCAAGGGCCUCGUCCCCUAGCUGGCCAAGCCCAUGCGACCAGGCCCUUAUCCCACUGGGCCAGUGAGCGAGCACAUGCAAACUUUUCCCCACCUGCUGCCACCACAGGUUCUGGCUUAAGAUUUGACUCUGGACCCUUGAUAUGUCCCUGGGUAGAGCCACGCCUUAUCCUCACAUACCCCUGCCACGCAGCCUGAUGCAGAGCACACAUGAGGGUGCGCUGUCCAGCUCAAUCCCACAAGCCUUUGCUAGUCAGUCAGGCUGCUCCCACCAUGGAACAGUUACUCUGAUGGUGUUUCGUUUUCUUCUUAUUUUAUUUUGUAGAAACCGGAUGGUAUUUUAUCACUCAGCAAAGAUGUCCAGAAGCCAUGUAUAUAAUGUUUUUUAAACAGAACUUUAUUCCCAGAUGAUGGGGCUCUGCCUCCUCCUACACAUAUGCCAGAAGGUGCCCAGCGCUGCCUGCCAGUCCCAGGCCCUGGAGGAGCCGGCUCCACAUGGGCUUUUCUUCCCAGAUGGGCCAGAGGAGCCUGGGGCAAGGGAAGAAUGAGACACACUGUGUGCAGCCUUGAGCCUGGUUUAACUGGGGCCAGGGAGAAGGCAGGUGAGGCUGUUUACCAAGCGUGCUGAAACCUACAAGCUCCAAGGGACUUUUAGAGACUCAAGGAUUUAGUGGCCCCAGUUUCAUCUUCCAGUUUUUUCCUACAUAACCAGGCCUCCCAAGGAGAGGGUGAGGCCCACUGCCUUGAUGACCGUCCCUGCCUGGGUCUCCAGCUCUCUGGCCAUCCUGUCCCUUUCCUUGUCUCCUGGGCUUCCCAGCACCCAGGCUGCGAAUGCUGGCUUAUUAAGAUCUGAAAAACAAACCUCUCAACAUCUUUUACUUCAAUUUGGCUGAAACUGCUCUCUGCUGCCCUGCAUCCUCCCUCCAUUCAUUCUUUUCUCAUCUUUCAUCCUUGUCCUGUCUCUUUUCCUGCAUCUUGGCUGUUUCUAAUUCUUAGUCCUUCACUCCCAGUAAUGUAGAUCUCACAUUCUGCCUUCCAGACGCCAAACUGUCUCUGGCCCACAGUUUUGGGGUUCCUGUUGAGGUAUUUCCCUCUCCUCACCUAGAAUUAGCAAGCCCCUUUCCUAUCUCUCUUAUUCCUGGAAUAAGAAGGAUAGGGUAGAAUAAGAUCUCUCCAAAGCAAAGUCUUUUUAUCUGUCAGGGACUAUACACAGCUCCUUCCUCUCCCCAUCUGCCUCUACAACCUGCUCACACAGCACCAUCAGGGGUGUUCUGGGAGCCCAUGAGGCGCAGGAUCCUUCUGAUGAGAGAUCUAGUCAAAGAUCCACUGCCUUCAAGGAACUUGAGAGCACUGACAAGGAACAGGCUCUCCAGAGAACAGGAGUUGGACCUCCAAGUGGCCACUAGGCCUGGCCCCUUCUGCACAUCCCAGGGCUACCCUCAGUGCUGCAAGGCAGUUCUGCCUGGAGCAUUUGAGAGAGACUAGUUGCAGACCCCCACCAGCCAACAUACAAGCCCCUCUGGAUCUGAUACUGUACCAAUGGACAUGCUGCCCUGAGAAUGUUAUCUAUCAUAUGGGUCUUCACCCACCACAUUGCCCUGCCUUUGAAGCUCAUCUUCUCACUUUCCAUGGACAGAGAGGUGCCAUCAGUUUGCCUUUAUUCCUUGCCAUCCUGGCCCUGGUCUCCCCAGAUUCUCCCUUCCUGGGGACUUGCCAGAGGGCUCCGUGCUGCAUCUUGCCCUGCCUCCAUCUGCCUGGUUUGCCUGGUGUGUAUUCUGAGGUAAGCUUUGUCAUUAGUAUGUCAAACAUCUGGUCAACAACUCCCCAGGCCUGCAGGGACUUCUCAGGCUUAUGGGUGGCACCACCUGCUUGAUGGCGUGGUUCUUGGGGAACUGGGACAACAGGAGGAGCAGGUAAGCUCUAAGGUGAUUAACCCAACAAGCCUGGGGCCCCUUCCUGUCCCCCACCUUGUCAGAAACCUCAUGAACAUCCUAGAUCCUGCUUGGACCAGGCUCCCAUGAUUUACCCAUAGUGCAGUGGCUCCAGGAGGGGUGGCAGGGCCUCAGCCAUCUCUAACCAGGCUGCCUUGCCCUUGAACUCUGGUUUCUUCGAGAAGUUUCUCAGAAAAGGGACUUUCCAUUAGGCUGCUGAAUGAUGAGAGGAGACUGACUGAGGAUCAAGUGAAGCUGGCCUUGUAACAGGUCCAGCACUGCUUCUGCCACAUGGUGGGUGCUCAGUAAACGGACCCCUUUCCCUCCCUGUAGCUCCAUAAGAGCCCUCACCUUCUUACAGGGGGAGGUAACGGAUGUUUCCUUCCUCAAGGUUUGCCCGGUCCUACCCCACUGCUCCAGGCCCUAAUGCUAGAGCUUCUGAGCAGGGGUUCCCCCUUUGCUGUGGGCCUGUUAUCUAAAGCAGACUUCUGUAACUGCCCAGAUCCAGUGUGGGCUUAAGAGGCUGUGAUAUUAGCUGCUACUCUGAGGGGUAGGGAGAUUUCUGCAGGAUCUUGAGCCUGGCAGAGAAGCUGGUGCCUCUUUUUCUUCCAAAAGGCAAGGCUCUGGGACAGGGACUGGGGAGGCCAUGGGAAGAAUCUAAAAGGGCUAGAACAUUCUAAAAACCAGACUCCAGGUCUUGGGACUAGGUUUUGAGAUUGAGUUGAGAGCAGGGAGGAAACCUGAAGGUUGGUGCUCCUAUGUGGCAGACAGAAUUCCCUGACCUGUAUUUUUUUAAUUCCCUCUCUGGUUUCCAAGACCAAGUACCAGGUGAGCUGCCUGGGUCUCUGUUACAAGUCAGGAGCCCUUUUGUACAAGUACCUGAAAGAUGCAAUGAGCAGACUUUUGUAAAGUUUUGUAUUAGUUUUUAAUGUCAGUGAGGACUUGGUUCCUGGGGCUGCAGCCAGCUCGGGAUUUUUGUAAGAAUUUUUGAGUGACUCACUUAGAUGUCGUUUCUUUUUGCCCCUUCUUCCUCUGUGUAAUCUAAGUGCAUUAAACGUAUUUGCAGAAGUGCCUGGAUUGUGUGCUCCUUUCUAGUUUCCUGGAGAAAGAGAACAGGAAGACUACAACCCUGGAAGCCACUUAGAAGCAGGAUGGGGAGGCCUUGAAGAGUGUUGCUGGGAGUACAGCGUGCCAGUGUAUAGGG